AUGUACAGCCCCUACGCCCCCUCAAAGCUCUCCCCCGCCCACCUCUACGUCCGCCAACCACACGCCAUCCAGAUCAUCCAGCUCGUAGAGGGCCCCCCGCCCCCACCACGCCGCAUCUCUUCAGUCGUCUACUCCAGCUCAGCUGGCUCCUCCUCCUCCUCCUCCUCCUACCCAUCCACCUCCGACCCAGACUCGGAACACAGCGAGGACUGCUCCUCCUACUGCUCCUCCUACAUGACCCCAGAGCACUCCUCAGAGGACCGCGAGAUCGCCCCCACUUCAGACGACACCUUUGCCAUCCGCAUGAAACGCGUCUGCGACUGGAGAGAAAACCUCACAAAGGCUAUGGGCGCAUCCCCUGGUACGUCUCACCGGAAAACGUAUCCCUGUGAGACUGAUAACGAUAAUCUCUCACAGUCUUCGAAGCGCUCUCGUUCACGAGACGAACAAAGCCCAUCACCAACUCUUUCCGUACAUUCUUGUGCGGCAUGCGAUGCGUCGUUUCCAUCACGGCAAAGUUUGCGCCAACAUGGCCGAACCUCCCAAGCCAGCGACGCUUGCCGAAUAGCUGUCGAAUAUGAUUUCGAGUGA